AUGCCGCGAGGAAAGCCUCUUUCUGAUUUUGAAAAAGGGCAAAUUACAGCCAAAAAAGAUCAACGACUUUCAAAUCGACAAAUCGCAAGAGAUUUAGGCCGUAGUCCACGAGUUAUCAAUAAUUAUGUUAACGAUCCGCGAAAUUAUGGCACCGGAAAAUGUCCUGGUCGUCUGAGCUUGCGAUUUGUCGAUUUGAAAGUCGUUGAUCUUUUUUGGCUGUAA